UGGAAACUUUUUUUUUUUUUUGGCGAGAUUUCGUAUGGAAACUUUCGGGGAUUCGUAUUGAAUAAAUAAUAGAUUCGUAUUUCUCGAAAAUGAUCUAAGCCAGAGCAUAACUUUCGGGGAUUCGACUCAUUCGAGUAACCAGAAGAAAUGGAUUGGGGAUUUAUUCACAAAGUUUGGGAGAAGUGGGCUUCUCUCAGUGUUGGCUCUUCAGGUCGCCCUCUAAAAGCUGCUAUACUCCUCAACUAUGAUCCAACUGGACCGUCUCGCCUCUUGUCUACCAUCGUCGAACAAGAAGGGAUUAAAGUGACUCCUAUUGAAUUGAGCCAAUUCAUCAACUUCAUCAAAUGCGACAACCUCCGCACAGAGAGCUUCAUUAUUGGGCCCAACCAAUAUGUUGUCACAUCAAUUCAUGAGAAUUGGUUCUGUGCAAGGUGCAUGAACACAUCAAAACCAGCUGGUGAAGGGGCUAUUGUUAUGCAAACAGCAACAUUUUUCUUGGUUGCACUAUAUGAUGGCUCUAUUGGCUCAGCUUCUCGUGCUAUGUUUGCUGUUGAUCAGUUUGUGUGGCAAUUAAAUCGACGAAACCUGUAACCUUGCCAAAUACAGCUGCCAUUGUUACUUCCACGCUUAUGAAUCCCCGCCUGGACCAUUACCUAUGGAGUUUGCACAAAAAGGACUGAUUUUGUAUAUGCUUGGGAUCUAGUGUGUUGUGCAGAUUCAUGCAUAUUUUAUUGCUAUUUUGGUCAGUUGUUUGUUUUAAGGUUGUAGAAUGUAGAACGACUAAUGUUUUUGUAACGAGUCAUUCUGCUUGCAUGGAUUUU